ACCAUACACUCAAUCCCAGACACAUCUUUUGGACCUUUCUUUUCCUUUCCUUUUUCUUCUAUUUUCUUAUUACCUUCUUCUGGAACCCCCUUACCCUUUCUCUCUCUCAUCAUUUAACUCCUUACCACGAACUUUCUAGAACCCAAAGAAAUCAUCUACCCAACUAUCUCUCUUCUUCCUUGCAACUACCCGCUCUUUCUCUCUCUAACAUCUCUCUUCUUUUCCCUCUCAGUUCUUCGAAUUCCUCCACAAUAUUCAUCUUCUUCGAUCUGGCUAUCCUUUUACCAUGCCGCCAUUUCCGGUUGAACAAACCGGUGAAUCCAACGCUGCAGGUACAGCUGUUGGAAACUCUGGUGACUCUCAACAACGCACUCUCCCGACGCCAUUUCUUACCAAAACUUAUCAACUUGUUGAUGAUCCUGCUGUUGAUGAGUUAAUCUCAUGGAAUGAAGACGGAUCUAGUUUUAUCGUUUGGCGACCUGCUGAAUUUGCUCGUGAUUUGCUCCCUAAAUACUUUAAGCAUAAUAAUUUCUCUAGCUUCGUUCGACAACUCAACACUUAUGGUUUUCGAAAAGUAGUACCGGAUCGCUGGGAAUUCGCCAAUGAUUGUUUUAAAAGAGGCGAAAAAGCGCUUCUCCGUGACAUUCAACGCCGGAAAAUAUCUCCGGUGAAUCCCCCGACUGUUACUGUAGUAUCUCCGGUAGUAACGCCGGCAACAGUUACAAUUGCUGCACCACCACCAUCGGUGUUAAGAACGGUUUCUCCAUCAAACUCGGGCGACGAGCAAGUUCAUUCUUCAAAUUCUUCUCCUAGUCCAGGAACCGUGACGGUUCAACGACAAACAGCCAACACAACAACGGCGGAGAUUCUAGAAGAGAAUGAUAGAUUGAGAAGAGAAAAUUCUAAUUUAUCUCAAGAAUUAAAUCAUCUAAGAGGAUUAUGCAACAAUAUUCUAUCCUUAAUGAGUAAUUAUGCGGCAGGACAACAGGAAACCGGUGGAUUACCGGAAGCAAGACCAUUGGACCUCCUUCCGGCGAAACCAAUACCAAUUGAGGUUGAACCAUGCGGUGUUUCUAGCGGCGGCGCAACUGGAAGCGGAAGUAGCAAAGGAGGUGAAAAAAUGGAGGAAGAUGAUGACGAAGGAUGUCCAUGUCCUAGAUUGUUCGGCGUUUCGAUAGGAUCGAAACGGGUGAGAAGAGAAGAUAACGAGGAAAAUCGUGGGAGUAGGGAAGGGUCUGAUCCAGUGCAUAUGCAACAGCAAGAACAACAGAGCUCGGGUGGAGGAAUUUUAGCCGUUGAUUAAUUUAAAAAUUCGAUAAUCAGAUCAGGAGAAAGGGACUCCAAUGUAGAAUGGACACGUGUGGGUAAAUGUGGGGUCCAUGUAUAUUGGAUAAGAAAAAUAGAGAAUGUGGAAUCGUCUAGUUGGUUCUAAAGAAAGUCAAUGUAAGUGUGCCUUUUCCAGAAUGUGGAGGGUAAGAAGAAAGAGAUUGGGGUGUACAGCUGGUUGGAGCCAUGGACGCUUUACUUUAAAAGUACGUAGACCCACAACUUGAAAACGACAAAAAAGAAAUAAAUGGUUUGAUAAAUUAAUGACGGUAAAAAGCGUCAUUAAGAUUCAAAGUUUUCGCACCUAAAAUAAUUAGAUUGAUAAAAUUGUGUUUGUAGAAUUUAGAAAAUGUGAUUUGUAGUUAAAUCAUUUGGCUGUUGUACUAUUUACUAGAAGUAGAUAGGUGUAGUCUUUAGUUGGGUAAGACAAGGAGAUGAUGUGAAAAAAAUUUCAGUCUUUGUAAAGUACAGAGAAUUUGGAUCAAAAUGACAUGUCCAUAAUCAAUA